AUGGGAAACAAGAACAAACUUGAAGAUCCUGAAAAGAAAUCUGUGUCUUCCCCUUGGUCUCGUACCACUCCCCUACAACAACGUUCCACAACUUUUCCAGGACAUAGAAGCACUCCUCUUUGGAUCUUCCUCUUUGUCUUCAUUCUCUACCUCUUGUACUCCGCCAACAUUCUCGUCCUCGAGCGCCACGAAGAAUGUCCGACGGCCGUAGACUCCUCGACCGAAGAACAUAUACGAACGCUCACCAACAUCUCUUCAACCAACAACAUCAACGACAACGACAACGACAACGACAACGACGACGACAAUGACGACGACGACAAGUUUUUGCCAUUUGAUGAAGAGGAAGAAGAACAAAUGAAAAUCGAGCCUAUUCUUCCUCUGAAGUCGCAACGGUACGACACGGAGCUGAAACACAUCGUUUUCGGGAUUGCUGGGUCGUCGAAUUUAUGGUCGAAAAGGAAAGAAUACAUAAAGUUAUGGUGGAGGCCAAAGGAAACUAGAGGGGCUGUUUGGUUGGAUAAGAAAGUAUAUACUAAGAGGAAUGAAGGGUUGCCUCCAAUUAGGAUUUCAGGCGACACGUCAAAGUUCAAGUACCAUAACCGGCAAGGACAAAGAUCUGCCCUGCGGAUUUCAAGGGUUGUUUCGGAGACUUUAAGGUUGGGGAUGAAGGAUGUGAGAUGGCUUGUGAUGGGGGAUGAUGACACGGUUUUUAUGGUGGAGAAUGUUAUGAGGGUUUUGUCUAAGUAUGAUCAUAGGCAAUUCUAUUACAUUGGGAGCUCUUCCGAGAGCCAUGUUCAAAAUAUUUACUUUUCUUAUGCAAUGGCGUACGGUGGAGGAGGAUUUGCUAUAAGUUAUCCGUUGGCUCAAGAGUUGGAGAAGAUGCAAGAUCAGUGCAUUCAAAGGUACCCUGGAUUGUAUGGGAGUGAUGAUAGAAUUCAAGCUUGUAUGGCCGAGCUCGGAGUACCGCUCACAAGAGAACCUGGGUUUCAUCAGUAUGAUGUAUAUGGAGAUCUAUUGGGACUUUUAGGAGCUCAUCCAGUGACUCCAUUGUUAUCCCUUCAUCACCUUGACGUAGUUGAACCAAUUUUUCCUCGAAUGACUCGAGUCAAAGCCCUUCAACGCUUAUUCCAAGCCGUAAGACUCGACUCAUCGAGCAUAAUGCAACAAUCAAUAUGCUACGACAAGAAACGUUAUUGGUCCAUUUCUGUUUCUUGGGGAUACGUGGUUCAAAUCUUAAGAGGUGUACUCUCACCUAGAGAGUUAGAAAUGCCCACCAGAACCUUUCUCAACUGGUACAGAAGAGCCGAUUACACUGCUUAUGCUUUCAACACUCGACCUGUCACCAAACACCCUUGUCAAAAGCCCUUCGUAUUCUACAUGGGCAACACACGUUACGAUCGAGGAAAAAAGAGAACUAUUAGUAUGUAUUUUCGUGACAAGUCUCGCCACCCUUAUUGUCGCUGGAAAAUGAGUUCACCUGAUAAAAUCGAGUCUAUCAUUGUCUUGAAAAAGAUUGAUCCUCAUCGAUGGCAAAGGUCACCAAGAAGGGAUUGUUGCAGAGUUCUUCCAUCACAUAAACCCUCCACAUUGUACAUAUCAGUGGGCAGCUGCCGUGGAGCUGAAAUGGGUGAUCUUGAUCAAUGAAAA